UUUCGGUUUGGGUGACCACAACAACAUUCGGCCCCUCAGCCCUGCUUGCUUGCACCUGGACCGCUUCGUCCAUCCAGCGACAUCCCGCCAUCGCCAUCUCGCACCUCCUCCCCUUCUCCCUCUUUCUCCAAAUCCCUCUCAUCCUCAUCCUCAAUCAAAAUGCAGGCGGACCAACAGUCCCUUGCCGCUCUCUCAAAGUAUCUCGCCGACACCGUUUCUCCAGAUGCUACUGCCCGCCGCUCCGCUGAGGAUUCGCUGCGCAAGGCCGAGGGCCAGCCCGGCUUCCUCCAAGUGGUCCUAGAGCUGGUCCGCUCCGACAGUGCCGACAUGGUCGUCCGUCAGGCGGCCGGUGUCUACUUCAAGAACACAGUCAAGCGGCUCUGGGAGGGUGACGAGGAUGUACAGAUCGCACCAGUUGACAAGGCGGCGGUUAAGAAGCAGCUGGUACCUUUGAUGAUUGCGCUCGGGACACCGCAGACUGCUCGUCUCCAAAGCCAGAUUGGGGAAGGUCUUUCGACCAUCGCCUCCAUUGACUUCCCCGAGCAGUGGGAGGGUCUUGUUGACGAGCUCGUCAGCAGCCUGACCCCGGACAACUUCGUUAUCAACAACGGCGUGCUGGCGACUGCUCACUCGAUCUUCAAGAGGUGGCGCUCGCAGUUCCGCUCGGACAGGCUGUUCUCUGAGAUCAACCAUGUGCUCGGCCGUUUCAUGCAGCCGCACUUCCAGCUCUUCCAGCACGUCGACUCUCUCCUCUCCUCUGACCAGCCCCUUCCUCCCAAUUCCUCUACCCAGCUCCUCGCUCAGGCGCUCCUCUCCCUCAUCCAGCUCUUCCACGACCUGUCAUCGCAGGACCUCCCACCAUUUAUCGAAGACCACAUGUCCCAGUACAUGGGCUGGUUGUUGAAAUACCUCAGCUGGGAGCGUCCAGAGCUGAAGGGUGACGACGACGAUGAUGCUCCUGGACCGUUGCAGAAGAUCCGCGCCUCUAUCUGUGGUGUCGCUGAGCUGUUCGCGCAGAAGUAUGGCGAGGACUUCCCGCAGUUGGGCGAGUUUGUCAAUGGCACUUGGCAGAUGCUCACCAACGUGGGGUUGGGAACUCGUGACGAUGUUCUCGUCUCGCGUGCGCUCAAGUUUCUCUCGGUGGUGGUCAAGAUGGGCAGUCACCGCGCCAUGUUCGCAUCCCCAGACACGCUCAAGCUGUUCUGCGAGAAGAUCAUCCUGCCUAACAUGUCCAUUCGCGAGCAUGAGGAAGAAAUGUUCGAGGACGACCCGAUUGAGUACAUUCGCCGUGACCUGGAGCCCUCCGCGGAAAGUGACACUCGUCGUGCCGCCGCGACUGAGUUCACCCAAUCACUCAUGACCCACUUUGAGUCUGAAGUCACGAACAUUAUCCAGACAUACAUCAACACCUUCCUUGCCCAAUAUCAGCAGAACCCGCAGGCGAACUGGAAGAGCAAGGACACCGCCAUCUACUUGUUGACGUCGAUCGCGUCGCGUGGCUCUACGGCACAGCGUGGUGUUACCUCGGUUAAUGUUCUUGUCGACAUUGUCGACUUCUUCGGCAAGAACGUCUUCGCCGACCUUCAGGCUCCUCCGGGCUCCGUCCACCCCAUCCUCACCGUUGACGCCAUCAAGUACCUCUACACAUUCCGCAACCAACUCACCAAGGAGCAGCUCACGUCGGUGCUUCCUCUCCUCGUGCAGCACCUUGCUUCAGACAACUACGUCAUCUACUCGUACGCAGCUAUCGCGAUCGAGCGUAUUCUCUUCCUCAAGGAUGACAACCGUCAGCCUCUCUUCUCGCCGGUGGACAUCCGUCCAUUUGCGGAGAGCGCACUGAUGGCGCUCUUUACGCAGAUUGAGAAGGGAGCCACUCCAGAGAAGAUAGCCGAGAACGACUACUUGAUGAAGUGCGCCAUGCGCAUCAUCAUCAUUGCCCGCGGCGAACUCGCACCGCAGUACGAGGGUGUUCUCAACCGUCUGGUGAGCAUCCUUGGUCAGAUCAGCAAGAAUCCGAGCAACCCUCGUUUCAGCCAGUACGCCUUCGAAAGUGUUUCGGCUCUCAUCCGCUUCGUUUGCGAAGCUCAACCCGCCACGCUGCCCAAGUUCGAGGCUGCAAUCUUCGGGCCAGCUGAGGUGAUUCUCAGCCAGGACAUCGUUGAGUUCAUCCCUUUCAUCUUCCAGAUCCUCGCCCAGCUUCUCGAGCUGCAUGCUCCUAACGACCUCUCGGGCGAGUACCAGCAGCUCCUCACUCCGCUUCUCUCGGCUCAGCUGUGGGAGCAGCGCGGAAACAUUCCCGCUCUCACGCGUCUGUGGAAGGCCCUCCUCAUGCGCGGUGCCAAGGUCAUUGUCGACAACAAUCAGCUUCAAGGUCUCCUCGGCAUCGUUCAGCGUCUUAUCAACUCCAAGAUUAACGACGUGUUUGCCUUUGAACUCCUCCAGGCGAUGUACGAAUUCAUCCCUUUGUCCAACAUGCAGCAGUAUUCGCAAUCGAUCUUCAUGCUCAUCCUUACCCGGUUGCAGACGAACUCGACACCACAGUUCUCUCAGGCUGUCGUCUACUUCCUCUGCUACCUGGCAGUGGUCGACAAUGUUGGUCCCGACGCCGUUGUUGCCAUCAUCGACGGCAUCCAGCCAGGCCUUUUCGGACAGCUCCUCAAGGGUGUCGUGCUCCCCAACACUCAAAAGGCGCCCCAGCGCAGCCGACGCCUCAUCGAGGUCGGUCUGAUCAAAUAUCUCACCAAGUCGGAUGCGCUUUUGCAGCAACCUGGCGUACAAUACUGGCCGCCUACUUUCCUCGCCCUGGUUGACCUCUUCACCCUCCCCCAGGACCUGACAUACUCCACCGGUACCGCCGAUGAUCUCACCGCGCUGGAUCCGGAGGACGCCGGCUUCCAGUCGAGCUUUACGAAGCUUGGAGCGUCCGAGCGCACUGCCCAUGACCCUAUCAAGAACAUCCCCGACACGAAAAAGUACGCGAGCAGCGAGCUUGCGCGGCGCAGCAAGGAGCACCCAGGUGUCCUGCCACCUCUCGUCCAGCAGGCGCAGUCUGCCGAGGGCAGCAAGGUGCCUGAGUUUGUUCAGUCUAUGAGCGCGAACGGUGACACGAUUGUUUAG